UUUCGUAGCAGACUGCUGAAGGCUGGUUUGCGUCGACAUGGCGGUUUCCCUGAGUGUCUUGCUGGGGGGGCGCCUUUGCGCUGCCGUCGCUCGCUGUGGGUUCGCGACCUGGGAGGUGGCGGGCCCAGGCCCUAUCGGCCGGGAGCCGGACCCCGAUUCCGACUGGGAGCCGGAGGAACGGGAGCUGCAGGAGGUGGAGAGCACCCUGAAAGGACAGAAAAAAGCAAUCCGAUUCCAGAAAAUUCGGAGGCAAAUGGAGGCGCCUGGUGCCCCGCCCAGAACCCUGACUCGGGAAGCCAUGGAGCAGAUCCGGUAUUUACGUGAGGAAUUUCCAGAGUCCUGGUCAGUUCCCAGGUUGGCUGAAGGCUUUAAUGUCAGCACUGAUGUGAUCCGAAGAGUUUUAAAAAGCAAGUUUGUACCCACAUUGGAGCAGAAGCUGAAGCAGGAUCAAAAAGUCCUAAAGAAAGCUGGGCUUGCCCACUCUCUCCACCAGCUCCGGGGCGCUGGAAAUACCUCAAAGCUGCUCCCUGCAGGCCACUCUGUAUCAGACUCUUUGCUUAUGCCAGGGCAUGAAGCCUCAUCCAAAGAUGCGAAUCACAGCACAGCUUUGAAAGUGAUAGAGUCAGACACUCACAGGACAAAUACACCAAGGAGAUGGAAGGGAAGAAAUAAAGAAAUCCAGCACCUGGAGGAGAGCUUUGUGCCUGUUGCUGUACCCCUAGGUCAUCCAAGAGAGCUACAGAAGUACUCCAGUGAUUCUGAGAGCACCAGAAGAACUGGCAGUGGUGCAUUGCCAAGUGAUCAGAAGCUGGAGGAGUUGAAGGCAGAGGAGCCAGGUAACUUCAGCAGCAAAGUAGUGCAGAGGGGCCGAGAGUUCUUUGACAGCAACGGGAACUUCCUGUACAGAAUUUGAGUCGGGGCUUGGUUGUGGAGAUGCCUCGUGAAACACAGCUGGGCAAGUAAUAUAUAUGGAACAGCCUGGAUUUCUACAUAUGGAGAAGCCACCUUGGAAUAGGAAGAAGUGUUGAGCCUGGACUGUGGGAGGAAAAAACUGCGUGGAUAGAUUCAGAUUUCCUGUAGUAGUGCCCCCAGUCUGACCUCUGUAGAUCUUCAGUACUCACUCUUCUUGCUUGGACUCUCUGUAUGUUGAAAACCAGCCAUGUUGCAUGUGUUGUUACAAUUUUCUGUGAUACUUGCAAUUUAUGUUUGAGAGGAAGUGAAAAGUUUGCCUUCUGACCUCAUUUCCUUCUUGAUCAGUGAACACUAACAUUUUUGGGACAACUUAGUCAAUUGUUUUCCUUACAAGCAAAAUAAAGUAAAAUGUAGCAGUCUG